AAAAAAAACAAAUCCUGAAUAAUCAAUUGUCUCCAUUCUGACAGGGUGGGGUGACCUUUGAGGACAUCGCCCUGUACUUCUCCAGGGAGGAAUGGAGCCUCCUUGAUGAGGGUCAGAGACAGCUGUACCUGAAUGUGAUGCUGGAGAACUUUGAACUUCUAUCCUCCCUGGGGAUAGAACCUACAAACCCAGCAUUUUUCCAGAGCAAGAAUGUAAUCAGCAACUCUUUGGUGCAUGGGAUAAUGCCUAACCUACUCAUCCACACUGGAGAAAAGCCUUAUAAAUGCAAUGAAUGUGGAAAAUCUUUUACCAGGAGCAUUGACCUUCGUCUUCACCAGAGAGUUCACACUGGAGAAAAGCCUUAUAAAUGCAGUGAAUGUGGGAAAUCUUUUACCAGGAGCACUGCCCUUCAAGUUCAUCAGAGAUUGCACACUGGAGAAAGGCCUUAUGAGUGCCAUGAAUGUGGGAAAUCUUUUUCCUGGAGCAGUACCCUUCGUUGUCAUCAGAGAAUUCAUACCGGAGAAAAGCCUUACAAAUGCAAUGAAUGUGGGAAAAAUUUUAUCACGACAGGUCACCUUCAUCAACAUCAUCAGAGAAUUCACACUGGAGAAAAGCCUUAUAAAUGCAGGGAAUGUGAAAAAUCUUUUCCCACUAGCGAUGAUCUUCAUUGUCAUCAGAGAGUUCACACCGGAGAAAAGCCUUAUAAAUGCAGUGAUUGUGGGAAAUCUUUUACCAGGAGCACUGCCCUUCGAGAUCACCUGAGAUUGCACACUGGAGAAAGGCCUUAUGAGUGCAGUGAAUGUGGGAAAUCUUUCCCCAGGAGUAGUGACCUUCGUCUUCAUCACAGAAUUCACACUGGAGAAAAGCCUUAUAAAUGCACUAAAUGUGGGAAAUCUUUUAUUUAUAGCACUCUCCUUUCUCGUCAUCAGCGAGUUCACACUGGAGCAAACUCUUAUAAAUGCAGUGAAUGUGGGAAAACUUUAUCCACCAGCAUUGCCCUUCAAGGUCAUCAGAGAUUGCACACUGGAGAAAGGCCUUAUGAGUGCAGUGAAUGUGGGAAAUCUUUUACCACUAGCACUGGCCUUCACUGUCAUCAGAAAAUUCACACUAGACAAAAGUGUUAAUGUGGGAAAUCUUUUACCACUAGCACUGGCCUUUACUGUCAUCAGAAAAUUCAUACUAGACAAAAGUGUUAUAAAUGCAGUGAAUGUGGAAAAUCUUUUACCUGGAGCACUGCUCUUCAUCGUCAUCAGAGACUUCAUACAGGAGAAAAGCCUUAUAAAUGCUGUGAAUGUGGGAAAUCGUUUGCAAGGAACUAUAGUCUCCAAUAUCAUCAACGAGUUCACACUGGAUAAAGACUUUAUGAGUGCAAUUAACAUGGGAUAUCUCUCAGCCAAAUUUCUAAAUUCGCUCUGCAGAUAUGAGUUCACAUGUGAGACUUGUCUUAGAUGUGUGAGAAAUGUGUUUUCUUAGUCAUUACUUAACAAUAGCAUAAGAAAAUUAGAGGCCCGGUGCACAAAAUCGUGCACGGGGAAAGAGGUUGUCCCUCAACCUGGCCUGC